GCUCAUUGAAAUCUUAAUAGAAGAAUAAGAGGGUAAUUAGGAUGGAGAUGAGAAUGCAAGAGGAGUUUCAUGACAUUGUGAUCAUUGGAGGAGGCAUUUGUGGGCUUGCUACUGCCCUUGGCCUGCACAAGAAAGGCAUAAAGAGUAUAGUUUUGGAGAGAUCUGAAACCCUAAGAAAUACAGGGGCUGGCAUUGCCAUCUUCCUUAACGGUUGGCAUGCCCUUGACCAUCUUGGAGUGGCAGAUCAACUGCGUGCAAAUUCUCUGCAUAUCAUAGAGAAACAUAACAAACGGAUAAACAAGGAUGGGACAGAAGUAAUACCAAUCAGCAAAGAAGGGCUCCGUUGCGUCAGAAGAAGCGAUCUAAUCGAGGCCUUGGCUAACAGUCUACCUGUUGAAUUCGUCCGUUUUGGGUGUCAAAUUGUCGCAAUUCAGAAUGAUCCAGUUACCUCCUUUCCCAUUGUCCAUAUUGCAGAUGGUAGCAUCAUAAGAGCUAAGAUUCUUAUAGGAUGCGAUGGCUCAAACUCGGUUGUAGCAAAGACAUUAGGAUUGAAGCCCCCAAGCCUAAUUCAAACACAAAUAGUGCAAGGGCUCACGACUUAUCCAAAUGGACAUGGCCUCUCUAAUCAUUUCUUGCAACUGUGGGGUGACAGAAUGUUCAUCAUAAGGCUUCCAGCCGACAAAAAGACAGUCUUCUGGUUUGUAAAGAGAGAAUUGAACCGAAAAGAUCAAGAAAACAAAGAAGAUCCAGGGCUCAUCAGAGACGAAACAAUAGAGGUACUCAAGGAUUUUCCCACAGAGGUGAUUGAAAUGGUGAAGCAAUGUGAUCUGAACACAAUCUCAUUCCACCGUAUUAGAUAUCACGUUCCAUGGCACUUGGCACUUAGCAAUAUUUCAAAAGGGCCAAUGACGGCGUCUGGCGAUGCUGUGCACCAAAUGGAUCCAUCCAUGGCACAAGGUGGCAGUGCUAGCCUCGAAGAUGCAGUGGUGCUCGCUAGAUGCUUGUCCAAGGAAAUGACAAUCAAUUUGUCUGAAAGUAAAAUGAGCGAUCAAGAGACAUAUAAGAAAGCUGAAGUUGCAUUGCAAAAUUAUGCAAGAGAAAGACGAUGGAGGAUAUUGAUAUUAUCUACUAAAUCCCAUCUCAUAGCGUCUCUGCUUCAUGCUUCAUGGCUCAAGAGGUUCACAUUCCUCACCAUACUUUCUAAAUUUCUUGGCGGCAGAUCAAGCCACACACAGUAUAACUGUGGCCACCUUUAGGAACAAAUUUUUUUUGGAAAUAAAGGUUGUAGGAGGGCCUGCUGAGUAAAGUUAGUGAA